CCUCGUUGACGCAAGAGUGGCUCGCACGCGCCACGGACGCCCGGCCGGGAUCUCGAGCCGAACGUGUAUGAUCCGCUCUUCACCAUGCCUAAGCUGCAGAGCUUCGAGUUCUGGCAGAGCACCCUGAAGGAGGCUCGCUAUGUGGUGGCACCCAUGGUGGAUCAGAGCGAAUUGGCUUGGAGGCUCCUGAGCCGCAGGCACGGCGCGCAGCUCUGCUACACGCCCAUGCUGCAUGCCCAGGUCUUUGUGCGGGACUCCAACUACAGGCGUGAGAACCUGUAUAGUGAAGCGUGCCCUGAGGACCGGCCACUGAUUGCACAGUUUUGCGCAAAUGACCCGGAGGUGUUUGUCGAGGCUGCGCUGCUAGCUCAGGACUACUGCGACGCCAUCGACCUCAACCUGGGCUGUCCUCAGAUGAUCGCGAAGAGAGGACAUUAUGGUGCCUUUCUGCAAGAGGAGUGGACUCUUCUUGAGAAGAUGAUCACAUUAGCCAAUGAAAAACUUUCAGUGCCCAUCACAUGUAAAAUCAGAGUCUUCUCAGAUAUUGAAAAAACAGUGCAGUAUGCCAAGAUGCUGGAGAAGGCAGGGUGCCAGCUGCUGACUGUCCAUGGUCGGACAAAGGAGCAAAAGGGAGCGCUCACGGGUGUUGCAAGCUGGGAGCACAUUAAAGCUGUACGGAGGGCUGUCAGCAUCCCUGUGUUUGCCAAUGGCAACAUCCAGCAUCUGAGUGAUGUGCACCACUGCAUGGAAGAGACCGGUGUCCAGGGAGUCAUGAGUGCAGAGGGUAAUCUGCACAAUCCAGCACUGUUUGAAGGCCGCAGCCCACCUGUUUGGGAGAUGGCGGAGGAGUACUUGGAUGUGGUCCAGCAGUAUCCCUGCUCAUUGUCCUAUGUCCGAGCUCACCUCUUCAAACUGUGGCACCACACCCUACAGAUUUACAAGGACCUCAGAGAGGAGCUGGCAAAGGUCCGUACCCUGCAGGGAAUGGCUGAGCUCAACAGGCAGCUGAAGCAGCGCUGUCAGGAGGAGAUGGCUCAGCAGGAGGCUAGUGAAAAGGACUAUGGUGGUCUGCCCUUCCCUCACUGGAUCUGCCAGCCAUACAUCAGACCAAUACCCAAGGAGCCUGGCACUGAGAAUAGGCAGCCCAGCAUGGCUCAGGUGAAGGUCGUAUGUGUGAAGAGGGCAUUGGAGGACAGUGAUGGCGCUUCUGAAUUCCUCUCCAAGAACAAACAGAAGAAGAAGGCUCGUAACCCCUACAAGAACUUCAGCAUGGAUCAGAAACCGAAAUACAUCAAAUGUGAGCAGUGUGGAAACCCAAAGGGGACUAAAUGUGUCUUCAACUUGUGCCGAGGCUGCUGCAAGAAGGCGGCAUUCAAGGCAACAGCUGAUUGUCCAGGUCACGGGCUGCUGUUUAAGACCAAGUCUGAGAAAGCUCAGAAACGGAGGACAGCUGACACCAACGGCCAGGCUAACGGGGAUGUCAGUGGAAAUGCCAGUGGGGGGGAUUAGCAUGGAUGCUUAAGGGGGGGAAGGUUAGUAAGGAGGCUAGCCCCACCCCUAUGGCUUUGACCGACCUGUGGCCUGAGGGGUCCUGAUGGGGACAUGGGACAGACAUGACACCAUAUGCAUCAAGCUGCUGAGACUUUUUUCCACAUGCAGGCCCUGAGCUGCACAUGGAGGGUUCCUUCAGAUCUGAGGAACUUUCCCCCAAGGGUCUGCUGCCUGGGAGUAAUGAUGCAGCAGCCUGACUUUAAGAGGCAACAGGCAUUACUGGAUUCCAUAUGACUGCAGUCCCUUUUUAGUUUCUUCUCUUUCAUGCUAAGAUUUCAUAGGAGUUUUAAUUACCCAAAACAGGUACGGACCAUGAUCUUUGGAUAUAACUGCAACUUUCCCAUGACAGUAUGUUUUGUCUCUGUGAAAACUGUCUAUAACAUUCAUUCAGCCAGAAGACAAGCAAGCUGUUAUUGUCAUCAUGUUAAGAAAGGUACAUUAUGGUAAAAAAGUCUCUGAAGUUGUAAACUUCACCUUAAUUUUACCUGGAAUAUCAGAGUGGCAGUUCUAGCUCCUUCUUGCAAAAGUGAGGAAUUUGGCUGCGUGACUGUGAGAUAUUAUGUUCCAUGCAUCAUAUGUAAGAUCACUGUAAAACUGAGAGACUACAUAAACUUGUUCUCAUGGAGAAUUUGCUUUCAAACUACAUCAUGAAGACAGUGUUGAAAGUCAGGCUGUGCCCUUCAGCUUUUUCCCAUUGUUAAUAUGUGUCUUGUUACAUAUGCCAGUGUGACAAACACAUAUUAAUUAUCCUUCAUUCCUCAAACAUUAGUAUAAAGCGAUGGGAACGCCGGAUCAAGGUUUUCUGCAACGUGAAAGUUAAGAGUUGAUACUGACGACUAAAUUUGAAGCACAAGGCGUGUUUGAAAUAUCUCAGGCUUCUUCCAAGAACAAACUGUCUGAUCUGCCUGUCUAGGUUUGGCAGUUUAGAAUAAGGACUUGCAUUUGUAGUCACAAACCAAUGUUCCUUUUCACACACUUAAUGGGAUAAAUUUGAAAUAUUCGCAACAGACAUCGAAGAACAUCAGUUUCUGAACCAUGAUUAUGUUCAUUAGCAGUUUGCCUAACUUUUACAGAAUUACAAAUCAGGAUUUUCUUUUGAGUUUCAGUUCUCAAGAAUUGAACUGAACUUCCAAAGAAGUGCACCUUUGUUCUGUGUUGCUAUGGUGACACGAACCAUUUGCCGUGAAACUCGGUCUGAUAAGUCAAAAAAUGCUCACAUUACAUUUUGCCUUCAGUCAGAUUUGUGGUGUACCGAACGCAGGUGUUGCACUAUUUUAUUCACUGGACCUUGAAAUUUGCUGUGUCUCAUCUGAAUGUUGCAGCCAUUUAAGGUUCUCACCUAUUUAUUCCAGUGGCCUCUCAGUAUGACUUCUAGGCCCCACAUGGUUUGGCAUCGCCUUCUCACGUAGCCUGAACAUUACUUCAGCUUUGGAUCACAUGUAGGUAAAGUCCCGUUGAAACCGUAAGGCGGACGGUUCUACGAAACAAGUGCUUUGCCGUACGUCUUGCACGUUUGGAAGACGCUGCAGCAAUAAUGCACACGUUAAUUGAGACACAAAUCUGCAAACCUUGAAAAAGAGGCAGUGCAAUACAAUGUGUCAUUGAGUGUCAUGAGCGCAUUUCCAACGUUCAUUGCCCAAACGUCAAGGCUCAUAUUUGGGACACACUACCAGUGAUUUUGCUGGGUUAUAUGCUUUUCAGGGUCACGCCGUGCAGUACGCUGGUAGCGUUUCAGUAUUGACAUUGAGCUUUAGCUCUCCUGCUCUUGGAGCACUGUGACCUUUAGCCUGUUGCUCAUCCAAGAGAUGCUCCACUAUACUGAAUAUUAUACAUAUACUGGUCUCUGUGAGAAGCGCUGAGGGCCUGCAGUCAUGAUGAUGCCAUAAGAGGCCCUUAUUCUGCUGCAAUAUCUGUUUCUUUGACUUGGAAUAAAACUCCUGGAAUAAUCAUGGUUUUGUCUCUGCUGCCUGCAUCACGCGUGCAUCAAGUGUAGUUUCCUGUAGUCAGAGAUAUUCUAUUUAUACAUUGUAAUUGAAUCAAGGCAAAGGAUUUUGUCUUUGAUAGAGAAGCCUUCACAAGACAUUGCCCCAGAAGGCUUUCACAUUGAUUGUUUCAGCUGAAAAAGGUACAGAUGGCUUGUAGAUCAUACGAAACCUGACCCACUGAUGUAUUUUAACACUGCAUCAUUUUUGUGUCCGUAGUGUCCUGAAUUACGUAUAAUGUAGAUGAAUACAAUUACCCAAGGGUGUUUUUUUUUUCCCAAUUAAGACAGAGGACACGUGAGCGCAGCGUGAACAUGGGCAAAAACAUCGCAACAGUGAGACCUGUCCGCUGUGCCUCCUUUCGGUCUGUCUCUUCAAACUCUCUGAAAAAAAUUUAGAGCCAAUGUGGUAGGAUGUGAGUUGAGAAUUAGCGGUCCAGGGAAGGAAAUGAGUGUGCAAGAUUUACCAGCGAAAAUGUGUCCAAGAUUGAAAAGGUUGAGGGAGACUGAGCUUAGAUUAAAUAGGGGGAGAUAGCAUGGGUAAUUUUUUAACGUUCAGGUCUUUUGCCACCCUCUAGGUUUUUGCGAACAUCACCUAAAAUCCUAAAACUGAGGAUCAAAAUGCUGAACAUGAUCACGUGGCUACAUAGUCCUUUCCUGUCAUGUUUUCAAUACAUUUCGAAAAUGAAGCCUCAGCUUUUAAAAUAAGAGAGAAAAAAAAAAAUUACACAGGUACAUAGUGCAUCCAGAAGCGAUGUCGAAAUUUGCAAAGGAAUACAAGUGGUUUUCCGGUUUGUCCGAAACCUUGAAUUCUCUGUUUUGAAUUUAAAACAAAUGUUGUAAUGCUAAAGCUAAUUUCAGGUAUUCAUUACCUUUAGUGGCACAGUUAUAUUUCGGAGAUCUGCUGUCAAGGAAAUGACUUUUUUCCUCUUUUGCAAAAUGGCAGGAAGAUGUGUCAGCACCCUGUUCUUCAUAAUAACUUCGGUUCACCUGGCACUGGGCUCAGGAAAGCAGGAAUUAGUCCUUGGUAACUGCCGACUCUGCAGAACCAAGGUUGCACAUUUGCAGGGUGUAGUCUGGUGCAGGCGAUUAAGAAUGAGCGUAGGCAAAUAUAUGAUGCCUCCAAGUCACUCUUGGAGAAGUGUAAACGAUGUACCUCUCUGAGUCAGUCCUAGAGACGUGUGUAGCGUACACCCCUCAGUGAAGGAG